UAUAAUGCUACAGCAGGGGCGGGGUGGUGCGGUGCAGUACAGAGCUGACUCCUCUCUCAGGACUCACUGACACUGAUAGCACGUUCUGCUUCUCUCAGGUCAGUCAGCUCAACACACAGCAAGCUGUGGACACCUGGAGCCUAUAACUGGAUACAGCAUUUGUUUGGAAUAUGAACGCCUUUCAACUUGGACUUGUUUUCCUUCAUUGUGUUGUUUUCCUCCAGUUAAGUGACUGCGCAUCCAGGGAUGAGAGUGCAGUGACGGCAGGGAAACUUGUGCACGCUCCAGCUGAAGUGCACACGCCACACAACGACACUGAAACGGACAAUAACGAAGAGGACAUCUCUGCGGAAUAUGAGGACAAAUAUCCCAGAGUUGCAUUUUCCGCAAAGCCUAGAGCAAAUUCCUCAUUGUCCACAAGUAAAGGUCACGGGAAGAGCAGAGAUGGAAAGAUGAACCCCUGCCUGAUGAAAGCAUACAUGAAUUAUUGCAUUAAUGGUGCUUGCCAGUACCUGCCAGAACUAAAUCGUACCUCUUGCGUAUGUGAGACAGGAUACUCAGGUGAGAGGUGCCACCUUUUCAUCCUGACUGUUGGCAAAGGAGAUGAAGGCAGCAGUCACACCACGGCUCUGGCUAUAACGGCAGCAGUUCUGUCCUUAAUGUGUCUCACCAUCAUUGCCAUUUUACUGGCCUUAAGAUGUAAAAAAAAGGGUGACAUUGGUGUGGAAGAGAAGAACAGUCUUCAGCCACUGCACAGUAGCGAACAAAAAGCAAAAGACACAAACCAAUGGCUCAGCCUACAUGACAACUACCACAUGGAGACUUCCUGUCAAUGCUGAAGAGGAAGAUGGUAGUGUCCAGAACAUCAUAUGUCUCCAAAGGACGACUUGAAGGAAAUUAUGAACGUUGCAUUGAAGAUUGUAGAACAUGUCUCUACAAAUCUGUGUAGCUCCAAAACAUAGUGAAUGUAGUUGCAUUACAGUUUUUAAUUGCUUGAAUUUUCUAUUUAUUUAUUUUUAAAGGAUACUUGAGCUCUAUAAGGUCAGUCAUGUUGGUGUAUUUAUUUAUGUAUAUUUACUAUUUAUUUUCAUCAUCUGGUUGAGUUAGCUUGAACUCCCUUGACUCUGACCCUCCAUCCAUCCCGACUGGCCAUCACUCCUUGGGAAGGCAGCCUGUGUCAUCCCGCAGUUGGUCAAGGAAAGUACGCAUGGGACAACCCACAGAAGUGGAACCGUGCUUAGGUUGCCAUAGAAGGAGGUCACUAGAUAGUUUUUCUUUGCUGCAAUGGCUGGCAAACUGCAACCUCCUCUCCCAGAUGGUGACAGAUAAUGGAGGUAUAUUACCGUUGAGCUCCCUGUUUGUGAGGCGAUCCCUCCAGGUGACAUUUAGAGCCGCUUGCAGCAUGCGUGUAAAAGUACCAUCGAGGGAGGACUGCAGCUUUGCAGUCAAGGUCCAAGUGGUUGAUCCACAGACCAGGUGAUUUUUUUUCUUUUGUGCUGGAUAGCAGCGACUCCUGACUCUUUCUAGAGUGAAUCCAAGCUCGUUAUGCUUGCGGACUAUGCGUUCAGAUUUUGCCUUGCUUGCCCAAAGACUCAGAUGUAUCCUUGAAGUUACUAUACAGUGGUCGGAGCUGACAUUUUCAAAGGAGUUGUAUGGGCAGCAGUUCAUGAUGCAGUUUUCCCAAUUUCUUGUUGAUAAUGAUAUAAUCGGGCGGCACGAUGGUGUAGUGGUUAGCACUGUCGCCUCACUGCAAGAAGGUCUGGGUUCGAACCCAGUGGCCGACGAGGGCUUUUCUGUGUGGAGUUUGCAUGUUCUCCCUGUGUCUGUGUGGGUUUCCUCCCACAGUCCAAAGAUAUGCAGGUUAGGUUAAUUGGUGGCUCUAAAUUGACUGAGUGUGAAUGGUUGUUUGUAUCUGUGUGUGUCAGCCCUGUGAUGAGCUGGCGACUUGUCCAGGGUGUACCCUGCCUCUCGCCCAUGGUCAGCUAGGAUAGGCUCCAGCUUGCCCCCCACGGGAUAAGUGGUUACAGAUAAAACGAUAUAAUCAAGUUGGGCCUUUAUUCCAGUUGGGUAGUUGAAAGUCCAUUGCUGUCUAGUUUGUUUCUGGAACUUUGUGCUUAAGCAGAUUUGCUUGUUUUCAUUGAGGAAAGCGCAAAGCAUUUUGCGGUUUCUGUUUGAUUCAGCGUAGUAAGAGAACUUGUACUCAUCAGUUUGGCCUAGUUGUGGGUUGAAAUCUCCACACGCAACUAGAACAUUAUGUUUUGGGACCUGGUGUACUACUAAGGAUAAAUCAGCAAAGAAUUCCUCAACUGCACUCUGAUACUGCUGAGAUACUGACUCAACAGAAUGGAGAGCUUUAUUAGCUCGUGGACUCAGGAGCAUUCCAAUUCCCACGAUAGACACAUUUGAUCUAUUUAUCUAUGCUGAUGAUGUCAUGAGAGUCCACUUUCCAAAUUGGUGGUACUUAAUAGUCAUCAUGGAUCAGACAAUGAUCUUGAAUGCAGACUAUAUCAUGACUGUAAGCGUCAGCUGAAGCAACUAGUUCCCCAAUUUGGGAUUCUGAUAAUAGUGCUCUCAUCCUGGCGACUUGUCCAGGGUGUACCCCGCCUCUCGCCUAUAGUCAGCUGGGAUAGGCUCCAGCUUGCCCACAACCCUGUAUAACAGGAUAAGAGGCUACAGAAAAUGGACAGAUGGAUGAUAGUGUUCUCACAUUAAAUGUGGCAAUAAAAACAUCCUCUUUGCACUUGAGUAGAUAAGUAUUUCUGGGUUGCCCAGUAGCCAACUUUUUGACUGCAUACCGAGCAGGAUUUGUGGGUUGCGCCCCUUGUUUAACCGUGCGACGGGCAAUGCAGGAUGAGCGACAGAUUUGGGGUUGAGGCGUUGAGAAUCUUUCGAUGGCUAGAGAAGGAAACUGCGGACGCCACACCUACGGUCCUGGCAGUAGUUGACUUUACUGGACUGGGUGACCUUGGCUUUUGUCAGCAUCAUGCAGAUCUUCCGCCCAACAUCAACGUGAGUGCAGCUGUUGAUUCACAGGGCUCCACCAUACGCACACAACCGCCAUGGCUUUGCCGUUAUCUUUGGCAAUGGGAGGCUAAGGGAGUACUACUACCAUCCCAGGGUGGACUCCCAGGCUAGCGGAGGGAAGGAGGCGCCUUACUGUUCCUUUGUGAACCGCCCAAAAAGGGGUGUCCACCCGCUACCUGAAAAUUAUUUUAUGUAAUAAUUAAGUAUAUUUACUGAAUGCAUUGCUAGUUUGUCACAUAUACAGUGCAGUCUGUAAGCAAUUAAACACUUGUUGGUUUUGUCCCUGUACUCCAGCAUGUUGGAUGUGAAAUGAAACCAUGAUUGUGAGUUUAAAGAAAAUAAUGUCAUUAAUUAUGUAUUAACAAGCUUGAGACAGCAUCACCGAUGUCUGUGAUGUCAUAUACAUUUCAGAUAAUCACUGACUUUAAAGAAAACACUUAUAUAGUAACACAUACUAUAUAAGACUGUCUUAAUUGGGGUCUGCUUAUUUAUUUACACCCCCUUGACAGUAGAGGAUUGUGCAUUAAGCGUUAAAGCAUUACAACUAACAUUAUACAUUUUAAUAUCAUAGUAAUAGUCCAUGUCAUAAUGGAGUACAGAGUCAAAAUUCGAAAAUAAUCAUUGUUCACUAACUUACAGGCUGAAUUUUAAAAAUGUUUUUAGAUAUUUAUUAUUGUAUAGCCAACAAACAUUCUGAAAGAAUUGCCUUUUUAUGCCUUAUUUGUUGACAUAUAAAGAAUAUUGGUCAUUUGAAUUUAGUUUAUUAUUUUGUGAAUUAUUCUUGAAAACCAUUUGAUAAUUUUAUGACUAUACUGUGAAAAAAUGGAGUCCCAUUAAAGAUAAUUGGUAGUGCCUUUCUUUGUACAUUACUGGCCAAAAAUGUGGAAGCAAGAAGGAUUUCAACAGUAUUAUACCAACAGUCAACACAAAACAAUGCAACGUGUUUACUGACAGCUAGUGAAAAUGAACUACAAAGCAUGACGUGGCCCGUACAGUCACUGAUUCUCUCACCAGUGAAAGUCAAACCAUUUUAGUUUCUAUUAACAAACAGAUUACAGUUUAUCACUCCAAAAUUAAGUUGCCAUGUGUUUAUUCUUAUCAGAUUAGUAAUGCUUCCAAACUUUUGUCUUGUAAUGUAUGUCAGAGCUGUUGGUUUAUUUGAACAGUGUUAGUUUAUUCAGUGGUCUAUGAAAUAAAUAUAUUUACACUAUAUAAUUGCCAGUUCAGUUACUGUUAAAUAAAGUGGAAAUAACUCGUACAACCA